GUUGUCUCAAAAAAUAACUAACUAAAAUCAGCAAAUCAACUAAAUUUUUCGCGAAAAUGCUGAUUUCGGUCGUUCCGUGUAACGUUUUUCGUUGGAAGAUCAGUUGACUGAUUCAACAUAAUUUAUUUUGAAACUUCAAACUAGUGAGCUAAUUUAAUUGCACCACUUUGGCCAUUUGUGCAUAUUAAGUUGGUAAAGCUUCGUCGAUUGUCGGUUAGAAAACGACAACAAUCAGUUGAAUAGCUCUCAGCAAAGGUGGCAUAAAAAAUAUCUCCGAUUUCUACUAAGAUUUGAAUCUUUUUAUCAUUCGCUCUUUCCAUUGUUGCCAAUCACAAAGAGCAAAAACAUUCAACAGUUGAAGUUCCGUUCAAUAAACUAAACUUAAAUAAACCACAUUCGUUCUAAAAAGGAUUUAGAAUAACUCAGUAGUUGAGUAAAUAUAACUAUUGUACUAUUGAGUAGCUAUAACCUACUUUUCAGAAUAUUAUUGUAUAAGCCAGAUAGAAACUACUUAGAGCAACUUCACCUAAAAUUAGAUUAUUGAACGGGGCUCCGGUUGUUGGAUGGAAAGAUCUAAAAAUGAGGCAGUUGAUCCCUUAAUCAGAGAUGCCAAUAAUCAGUGUAGAGUUCAAAAAUUUUCUAUAUGUAACACAGAGAUUUUCACAGACUUAUGAGCUCCCUUCAAUAUAUGAUAAUAGAUGUAACUGAUUCUUUUUAUACAUUUCUUGCAUAGUGAGGUUAUGCAAUCUUUGAAUCCGACUUUUGAAUCAAGGCCCGGAAGGCCGAGUAAAGGUAUUGAAAUCCGGAGAGCUUGGAGGCACCGAAAUCUUAUCGAGAAAAUCAGUCGAAUUUUCCCGACAUCAGACAUGAAAAAAACGUAAUGAUCUCCAAAUACUCGAUCGUAUUGUACGUGAAGUUUAUUUUCAUGUUUUUUGUCGUGAAUACGACUUACUUUACUAUGGCCGUACUUUCAAAAUUUACCAUCUGAGAGUGUGAUAAGUUUUUGAUCGUGAAUAUCUUUUGUUGUAUUUAACGUUUCAACAUAAUUUUUGUUACAUGCCAUCAGAAAUAUGAUCAUCAAUUUGUGAUUUUUAGUUCUAUGACAUAAUCACAAAUUUCAACGAGUAAAGGAGGAGUUGGCAUCACUGGGAGUACGAUGCAGUGUUACCCUCGGAAAAGUUUAAUUACAAUGUGUAUCAAACAACUUAUAGUGAAGUGAUUGAUCGAAACAGUUAUUUUGAGUGAUAGUGCUGUUUAUUAAAUAUUGCUUAUUCGCGAAACUAAAAAAUGUUCAAGCUACGGAAACUGCGAAUUUAGCGCCCUAACUUCAACCGAUGAGAAUGUACCGCCCAAAAUUGAACGACGACAACCGAUUGAAGCGCCAUUUGCAUAUCAUUGUCGGUGUUAUCAGAUUUAUAUUAUCAGAUAUAGAUAGAAUGUGUGAAAAUUUACAAGUCAUUCUUGUGAUUUAAACUGAAUUCCUAAAAUAAGUCUACAGCAAUCCCAUCCGCGAGUGUUUAUUUUAUUUUAUUUUUUCAGUAGUCGUGUGUCAUCUCGCGUUAUUUACAGCAAUGCAAAUAGGAGAAGCAGGAUACUGGCGAGAUCGUUCCCUAGAUAUUUUAUUCUUAUUUACAAUUUUGUUAUAUUUCUCCUGAGCUGAAGUAGAUUCCCGUAGUUGCACUUCGUGAUUGACCAAAUGAGUGGAAAUGUACAAUGAAGCGGGGACACACUUUUGGAAUGAAGUGAGCAGCAGAAUUGUGCCGUAGAAUUUUCGUAUCAGGACACAUAGCAAAACCACGCCGAAGACUGCUGGAAUGAAGAUGAUAGCAGAAUGUGUGCAGUAGUGGAAGUCGUCAGAGUUACAUGGGAGUGCUGCGUAUGAAAACACCGCUGGUCAGUGAAGAUGUCCGGAAUUUGAGUCGGCAUUCAUUGAAUCGAUGAAAUAUCGCAUCUGCAUCGAGUUAACACAUGCACCACGUACAUAAGCACCAGAAGGAAGACUGCUCUCAAUGUGCAACAGCGGACUAUAUGAAGUUUCGUGAUGACUGCCCUGCGAGAUACGAUUCAUUAGUCAAGUGUAGCAGCAGCUUGGGCGGGAAAGAACUAACUUUGCUGCGCCUCGCGCAUUUCAUAAAAAGUCGUUGAUCGGAGCAGACGCAAAGUAAAACAAUCGUUCAGCCAUGACGGUCGAAGGUGCGAAUGAAUCAAAAUCGCAGGAUGAAAUAGACCCGGAAACGAGCUGUGAACUGGGAUGUGGUCGCCGGAUCGUACAAUUUGUGCAAGUUUUCUGGAAAUCGAUAUUCGUUCUGGCCGUUCCAUCGGUAGCCGCGUUGCUGUUUGUCGUGGACAGUUCCCCGGCAUUCCGAUGUCUGUACGUGGUGAUUGUGAUGUCUUUGCUGUGGGUAACGGAAGCCCUUCCCCUGGCCAUCACAUCGAUGCUUCCGCUCGUGCUGUUUCCGCUAAUGGGCAUUCUGAGCACUAGUCAAACAUGCAUGGUGUACAUGAAGGAACCGAUUAUUAUGUUCAUCGGUGGAAUCGUUCUCGCUUUGGCGAUCGAGUACUGCAAUCUUCACAAACGUGUGGCUCUGAAAGUAAUAUCAGUUAUCGGAUGCAGCCAGCGCCGGUUGCAUUUCGGAUUAAUAACCGUCACCAUGUUUAUGUCCAUGUGGAUCUCGAAUACAGCGGCUGUGGCCAUGAUGUGCCCCAUUGUGCAGGCUGUUCUGCAGGAACUUGAAUCGCAAGGAUUAUGCCGGAUGUACGAGACAGUAGAUUCCGGAAAGGAAAUAGAAAGUGCCACAUUGAAGGGAAAACAAAAGGAUGAACGAAAGAAGCCAUCACGAACAACACUUUGUUAUUAUUUGGGAACUGCUUAUGCAUCUAGCAUUGGAGGUUGUGGAACGAUCGUCGGUUCUGGGACGAAUCUCACAUUUAAGGGAAUCUACGAAAGCCGUUUCCGCGAUGCACCAUCGAUUGAUUUUCCAAAUUUUAUGUUCUUCAACACGCCACUGAUGUUGAUAAACAUUGUGCUGAUGUGGACUUUUCUGCAGUGGUAUUUCAUGGGUCUCUUCAGACCAAACAGUGCACAAGCAAAGGAAUCUAAAAUCGGAAAGGAAGGCGAAGUCGUAGCAAGACGUGUCAUUGAGUCUCGAUACAAGGAAAUGGGCCCAAUGACCUCUCACGAAACCAGCGUAGCAUUUUUAUUCAUACUAGCGAUCGUGUUGUUCUUCACGCGUAAUCCAGGAUUCAUAUAUGGUUGGGCAGAUCUAUUUCCAGGCGUCCAAAUCAAGGACGGCACACCGGCCAUUUUUAUAGUGAUCGCUCUCUUUGUAGUGCCUGCUGACUGGCGGUGGUUGAACUACUUCAGAAGGAAAACAGGUUCCCUACCUCGCGAACCCUCGGGCGCCUUGAUCACCUGGAAAUACAUCAACCAAAAAGUUCACUGGGGCCUAAUAUUUUUGCUGGGAGGAGGUUUCGCACUAGCCGAAGCCAGUCACGUUUCCGGAAUGUCGGCCCUGCUGGGGAAGUCUCUAUCCGGACUGCAGUCACUUCCACCCCUAGCACUUCUGUUCGUUGUUUGCUUAACGGCACAAACGUUAACCGAGUUCACAUCGAAUGUUGCAAUUUGCAAUAUUCUCCUACCUGUAUUAGCUGAAAUGGCUAUUGUGAUAAAAACGCAUCCAUUGUAUCUCAUGUUACCGGCAGCGAUGUCCUGCAGCUAUGCUUUCCACUUACCGGUGGGAACACCUCCUAACGCAAUUGUAGCUGGAGUAGGACGACUUGCCACCAAGGAUAUGGCACUAGCAGGAAUCGGUCCCACCGUGAUAACACUGUUGGUCAUGUGGCUUGGAUUCCCAACCUGGGGUUCCAUCGUGUAUCCCGAUGUGAACACUUUUCCCGAAUGGGCGAUGGAAGGUUUGGUCAAUGUUUCCGCGCAUUGAUGUUGUUAUGUUUAAUAUGUUGAAUAAUUAAACUAUUUAUGAAAAA